AUGGCUGACAACCAGGACCUCAAGGACCUUAGGGCGGCCAAGGAGGCUGCCGGUCAGGAUACCGAAGAUGUCUUUGAGGAAGGCAUGGCUCCCAAGGAGGCCCAAACGAUUCAUCACAUUCGAGCCAACAGCUCCAUCAUGCAACUCAAGAAGCUGCUGGUCGCGAACCGUGGCGAGAUCCCCAUUCGUAUCUUCAGAACGGCUCACGAGCUGAGCUUGCACACCAUUGCCGUCUUCAGUUACGAGGAUCGGUUGAGCAUGCACAGACAAAAGGCCGACGAGGCAUAUGUCAUUGGAAAGCGUGGCCAGUACACUCCUGUCGGCGCUUAUCUGGCUGGCGCCGAGAUCAUCAAGAUCGCUGUUGAGCAUGGUGCUCAGAUGAUCCACCCAGGUUAUGGUUUCCUGUCGGAGAAUGCUGAGUUUGCACGAGGCGUUGAGAAGGCUGGUCUGAUUUUCGUCGGACCUUCCCCCGAUGUCAUUGACUCGCUAGGCGACAAGGUUUCGGCUCGAAAGCUUGCGAUCGCUGCCAACGUCCCCGUCGUCCCCGGAACUGAAGGCGCCGUUGCUACAUACGAGGAGGUCAAGGCCUUUACUGACCAAUAUGGUUUCCCCGUCAUUAUCAAGGCUGCCUUUGGUGGUGGUGGUCGUGGUAUGAGAGUGGUGCGCGACCAAGCCAGCUUGAAGGAGUCCUUUGAGCGAGCAACCUCCGAGGCCAAGAGUGCUUUCGGUAACGGCACAGUCUUUGUUGAGCGAUUCUUGGACAAGCCCAAGCACAUUGAGGUUCAGCUGCUGGGUGACAACCACGGCAACAUUGUUCACUUGUUUGAGCGUGACUGCUCCGUCCAGCGAAGGCACCAAAAGGUCGUUGAAAUUGCACCGGCAAAGGACCUGCCGGUUGCUACCAGAGAUGCCAUCUUGGCCGACGCUGUCAAGCUGGCCAAGUCGGUCAACUACAGAAACGCCGGUACCGCCGAGUUCUUGGUCGACCAGCAGAACCGCUACUACUUCAUUGAGAUUAACCCCCGUAUCCAGGUCGAGCACACCAUUACCGAGGAGAUCACUGGCAUUGAUAUUGUUGCCGCACAGAUUCAGAUUGCUGCCGGUGCAACGCUGGCGCAGCUCGGUUUGACCCAGGACAGAAUUUCUACCCGGGGUUUCGCUAUCCAAUGCCGAAUUACCACCGAGGAUCCCUCCAAGGGUUUCCAACCUGACACUGGCAAGAUCGAGGUAUACCGAUCUGCUGGCGGCAAUGGGGUCAGGCUUGACGGUGGUAAUGGAUUCGCUGGCGCUGUUAUCACACCUUACUAUGACUCCAUGUUGGUCAAGUGUACUUGUCUGGGUUCCACCUAUGAGAUUGCCCGCAGAAAGAUGCUCAGAGCUCUUGUGGAGUUCCGUAUCCGUGGCGUCAAGACAAACAUUCCUUUCUUGGCAUCCUUGCUUACGCACCCGACCUUCAUCGACAGUACUUGCUGGACCACCUUCAUCGACGACACACCUCAGCUCUUCGAUCUCAUUGGCAGUCAAAACCGUGCCCAGAAGCUGCUUGCAUACCUUGGAGACGUUGCUGUCAACGGAUCCAGCAUCAAGGGCCAGGUUGGCGAGCCCAAGUUCAAGGGCGAAUUUAUCCUCCCCGAGCUGCUCAACCCUGAUGGUUCCAAGCUCGAUGUUUCCCAGCCUUGCACCAAGGGAUGGAGACAGGUCUUGUUGGAGCAGGGCCCCAAGGGCUUUGCCAAGGCUGUCCGCAACUACAAGGGCUGUUUGCUGAUGGACACGACUUGGCGUGAUGCUCACCAGUCAUUGCUGGCUACUCGUGUCCGAACUGUUGAUCUCUUGGGCAUUGCCAAGGAGACCAGCCAUGCCCUCUCCAACCUUUACUCGCUCGAGUGCUGGGGAGGAGCAACCUUUGACGUUGCCAUGCGUUUCCUCUACGAGGACCCCUGGGACCGUCUUCGCAAGAUGAGAAAGCUUGUGCCCAACAUCCCCUUCCAGAUGUUGCUGCGUGGUGCCAACGGUGUCGCUUACGCCUCCCUGCCCGACAAUGCCAUUUACCACUUUGUAAAGCAGGCCAAGGAGAACGGUGUCGAUAUCUUCCGAGUAUUCGAUGCCUUGAACGAUAUCAACCAACUCGAGGUUGGUAUCAAGGCCGUCCAGCAGGCCGGUGGUGUCGCCGAGGGAACUGUUUGCUAUUCGGGAGACAUGUUGAACCCCUCGAAAAAAUACAACUUGGCUUAUUACUUGGAUCUUGUCGACAAGCUGGUAGCUCUCGACAUUGAUAUUCUUGGAAUCAAGGAUAUGGCUGGUGUCCUGAAGCCACACGCUGCCACUCUUCUCAUUGGUGGUAUCCGCGAGAAGUACCCCGACCUUCCCAUCCAUGUUCACACUCACGACUCUGCUGGAACUGGAGUUGCUUCCAUGGUUGCCUGCGCCAAGGCAGGUGCUGAUGCUGUUGACGCUGCCACCGACAGUCUCUCUGGCAUGACCUCGCAACCCAGCAUCAACGCCAUCAUUGCCUCUCUUGAGGGCAGUGAGGCUGACCCCGGUCUGAACCCUGCCCACGUUCGUGCUCUCGACACCUACUGGGCCCAGCUUCGCCUGCUCUAUUCCCCAUUCGAGGCUCAUCUUGCUGGUCCCGACCCUGAGGUGUAUGAGCACGAGAUUCCCGGUGGACAGCUUACCAACAUGAUGUUCCAAGCCCAGCAACUUGGUCUUGGAUCUCAAUGGGCUGAGACCAAGAAGGCCUACGAGCACGCCAACGACCUUCUCGGUGACAUUGUCAAGGUCACCCCUACUUCCAAGGUCGUCGGAGAUCUCGCACAGUUCAUGGUGUCCAACAAGCUGUCACCAGAGGAAGUGGUUGAGAGAGCAGACCAGCUUGAUUUCCCCGGCUCUGUGUAUGAGUUCCUCGAGGGUAUGAUGGGUCAGCCCUACGGUGGAUUCCCUGAGCCCCUGCGAUCCAAGGCUCUGCGCAACCGCCGCAAGUUUGACAAGCGACCAGGUCUGUAUCUCGACCCUGUCGACUUCAAGAAGGUUCGUACAGAACUCGGCCAGAAGUGGGGACCAAUCACCGAGUGCGAUCUCGCUUCGUAUUUGAUGUACCCCAAGGUGUAUGACGACUACAAGAAGUUCACUCAGCAAUAUGGUGAUCUCUCUGUCCUUCCCACGAGAUACUUCCUUUCCAGGCCGGAAAUUGGUGAAGAGUUCCACGUUGAGCUUGAGAAGGGCAAGGUCCUCAUUCUCAAGAUGCUUGCCAUUGGUCCUCUGUCUGAGAGCACCGGUCAACGUGAGGUGUUCUACGAGAUGAACGGCGAGGUCCGACAGGUCACCGUCGACGACAAGAAGGCCUCCGUGGAGAACGUGUCCAGGCCCAAGGCCGACCCCACCGACAGUAGUCAAGUCGGUGCCCCGAUGGCUGGUGUUCUCGUGGAGCUGAGAGUCAAGGAUGGCUCUGAUGUCAAGAAGGGUGACCCGCUCGCUGUUCUGAGCGCCAUGAAAAUGGAGAUGGUCAUUUCUGCGCCACACAAUGGAAAAGUCAGUGGCUUGCAGGUCAAGGAAGGUGAUUCUGUAGACGGAAGCGAUCUGGUCUGCAAGAUCGCCAAGGAAUAA